AUGUAUCAAAUCAAUUUCGUAUUUUUUCUUAUAUUAUUUAUUAUAUCCAGUAUUCUAACUGAUAAUAAUUUCAAUUCAACAGAGACUUCUAUUGUAUCAAUUGAACAAUCAUGUAUCUUUUGUCAAACAACAGCAUGUCAUUGUCCUACAGAAGAAUUGACUUUGAAUUGUUCAUAUUAUUUACUUGAUUUACCUUAUAUAGAAAAUUGUUCACAUAGAAUAAUAUGGGAAAUUGUUGAUUUUUCAUCACGUAAUUUUGAAUCAUUAGAUUCAAAAAAACUUUUAUCAUUACGUAUGAAACGUUUAUUAUUAAAAUCAAAUUUAAUAACAGCUAUACAUGAUAAUACAUUUGAUUCAAUCGGUGAUAUUCUUAUUGAACUUAAUUUAGAAAUGAAUCAAUUAGUAAAUAUAUCAUCAAAUUGGUUAAAUUCAAAAUUAAUUUAUUUAAAAAAAUUAAAUUUAGCAUUAAAUCAACUUGAAGUUAUUUCUUUCGAUCAUAUUCAGUUAUCUAAUUUACGCGAAUUAAAUUUAUCACGUAAUCAAAUCGAUAUAUUUCCCGAUAAAAUUCAUCAAUGGACUUCUUUAACUAUACUUGAUUUAUCAUUUAAUAAACUUUCUAGUAUACCUCGAUAUGCGCUUAUGGGUCUCAAUAAUUUAACUUGGUUAUCAUUAGCAUCAAAUAGAAAUUUAAAUUGUAUUAUUCAAGAUUCUUUUAAAUAUCUUAAAUCAUUACAAUAUCUUGAUUUAUCAAGUACAAGUUUACUUGAAUUUGAUGCAUGUAUAUUAUUUCCAUUAAUUGGUUUAAAAACAUUACGAAUUGAACAUGUUACACUUAAUUGUACAUCAUGUUGGUUACCUAUAGCAAGAGAAAAUUCAUUACAAUUAUUUGGACAAUGUCUUAAUAAUCAAACAAUUCAAUCAUUCGAUUCACUUACGGAUAAACAAUUUCAAUAUGCUUGUUCAAAAUCAUCUAUUGAUUGUACAUCAGAUUAUUGUGAACCAGGUUCAAUAAAUCAUGAUGGAAUAAUUCAUAAAACAUUUUCAUUAUCAAAAACUUCUUAUAAAAUAAAAAAUCCUACAGUCAAAAUUAUACUUAGUAUUGUAUUUAGUAUUAUUACAUUUAUUAUCUUAAUUCUAUUUAUUAUUUUAUUAUCUCGAUGGAAACAAGGUAAAAAAUUAUUUUGUUGUCAUUUUCUUCAAACAACAACAGCAACAACAAUAGCUGAAGCAACACGUCGUCGUCGUCAACAUCAUAAACAAAUUAUUGAUAAUAAUCCAGUUGUUAUCGAAUCUGUUGUUACACAUGGUGCAAAUAUGAAUGUACCACCAUAUCCAUAUAAUAAUUAUGCGUAUCUUAAUGAUGAAAUUUCAAAUAAUAAACGAAAACUCUAUAAUCCAAUGUUUGCCGAUUCUCCAACAUCAGACAUUCGGCAACAACAACAACAACCACCUGUAGUAGUAGUUGUAUCAGAUGAUAGUACUUCUUAUAAUAGUCAUUCAUAUUCCGAACAACUGUGA